UUUUCUCACAAUUUCUUCAUAUUGUCUCUGGCUCACUCCGGUUGUGGGCUGGAGCCAAUUGUAUAUUUGGGACUCUAAACAUAGUGUUUCGCAAUAUUGCCAUCCAAAAUAUUUACUUUGCAAAAAAGGGACUACAAAUAUGUUCUAAUUGAUUAUACUACCAUUUACUAUAUAAUCUUCCUUUUAUUACUUCUUUCCCUGUAUUUUGUACCUAAGGAGACCAAAUUAUCUUGUGUGCGCGUUCUGUCUCCAUGCCGCCAUGGACGACCGGCCACCGUCUUGGCCACGGCCACCCUGUACCCCGUCCAGGCCCUCAGGCUCACCCCUGCUGCACUGUCCGUCGGGCUCCCAUUCGAGCUCGGCCCUGCGCGCGCUGGCCAAGGCCGCGCCGACCGCCACGUUGGGCGAGAUCGCACUAGGUGAGAGCGCGCUGGGCGAUGUAAUGCUGGACAGGGGCGCCUCGUCCAUCAUAAGCCCAGCCCAGGGACACGCCGGCCAUGGAAGUUGUAUCAUCGUCCUGGUGUUUCAUGAGUAUUACGUGAACAUUAAGAGUUGUUUGCAUCCUGCAAGUUACAAAUACCAGCUUCCUGGUUCCUGCGCAAACAAGCUGCAAAUUGCAAAUACUAGCUUCCUGGUGUUGCAAUUGGCUUCCUGUUGGCCAGCUGUUGAUCCUGUUGAGCGCGAGAGCGCAGACGAGUAGUAAGUUCAGUUAGUGCCUAUAAUUACAUACGGGUAAAAAUGGCUAAUCAGGGACAAAAUACAUGAAAUUAGAUUAGAAAAGCAAGACAAUACUUUAAAUGGUAGUAUAAUCAAGUAGAAGAUGUUUGUAGUCCCUUUUUUGCGACGUAAAUCUUUUGGAUGGCAAUAUUGCGAAGCGCUAUGUUUAGAGUCCCAAAUAUACAAUUAUCUCUGUGGGCUGUGUAGUUUUCUCCCCACCAGGGAGCAGUUUUGCUUCCUUAUUAUUUGAAUUAUUCAGUUUUGUAUGCUUUGCUAUUGCAGUAUUUUAUUGUUUUAUUUUCACUUUUUUUUGUUAGUGUCAAAUUAUGAUCUCUCCUUGGGCUUGUGAAGUAACAAUUGUAGAAGUAUGGUUAU